AUGGCGUCGUAUGCGCUGUGCGCCUUCGCUGCAUCCGCGCUGCUGUACCUUUCUGCAGCUUCGUGGCCUCCAGAGAAUCCCUGCAGUGGCCUUGCGCCAGAGGAUUGUAUCGGCGUCUGCGAGAUGGACUGCAACAGCUCCGGCCGCACUCUCUGGAGCGACGUCUGUUGGCCCGCACAGGGCAACUCCCAGGGCUUUACCUGCGACUACUAUGGCGGCCGCUACUUCUGCGGCUCCGGGCCCUGGCUCUGCCAAAGCGGCUUUGGCCUGGCUUCCGGCAAUGGCUGUCACUGCUGGAGCGGCUACCACGGCUACUCCAAGUGCUGCCCAUGCCCUGACGUGGAGAACUGCGCCGGUCGCGAGCACAUCAACUGUAGCAGCACUCCGAAAGCCUGGGGCACAGGGGGCUUGGAGCAUUUACAGGCUCCGCGCUGCUCUGUGUGCAAGACCGGCUUCGUUAGAGCCCAUGACGGCACGGCCUGCUUGCCGGAGUGA